UCUCUCUCUCUCCAAUCAUUUCCAAUUUUGCUGAAGAAUUCAGCUGUCUCAUCAUCGGCGACUCAACGGAGAAUUCCGCUCUGUGCUCCGGCGCUUCGUUUCGUCUCCACGCUACGAUGCAUCAAGGCGAUUACAGCUCCGUCUCCUACACUCAGUACCCCCAAAAUCCCAAUCCUAUCCCUAACUCCACUCCCAAUUUACUCGAUCAUCAUCCUCCGCCACCACCGCAGCCGUCCUAUGCCUCCGCUCCGCCCUACACUGCCGGCGGCUUCACUCCCAAUUCCGAUUACUCUGCAUAUCCCUCUUCUUACCCUGUUUAUCCUCAACAUUCAGAUCCUGUCCCAACUACGCCUGCGCCUAACUUCCAGUCCUACAAUCCGCCGGCGCCGCCGCUUCAACAACCUCAAUCUUCCACUCCAUUUCCGAGAUUCGAAGCUCAUGGAGCCUACCAACCUCCUACGCAAGCACAGUCCUUUUAUCCGCCCUUCGAUCAGCCCCCGAGUUACGCCCCUUCCUCCAAUCAUAGCCCAACGCCUAAUAGUUCCUAUUCUUCUAUCUACCCGUCUCAAUACAAUCAACCAAGCUCUGAACACGAGAAUCCCUAUGAUAAUAAUAUGAAAUUCGAUCAAUCUAGAGGGUAUUUCGAUGAAACUGCAGGUCGGUAUGGGAGUUACGGGUCCGGUAGAGGUGACUUCGGACAAGAUUAUCAUGGGAAACGACCUGAGAGAGACUAUGGGAAUGAAGGUUAUGGUGAUGGAGUGUAUGCUUAUCAGGGGAGUAAGGUUGAGCCAUACGGUGCUCGAGGCACGGCUCCAAAGUCGUCAACUUGGUCUGGUUUCGACGAUUUUGGUAGGCCAAUUGGAUAUUCUUCAGAGAAGGACAGGUCAUCAAGCUUGAGUACGAAGACUGUCCGAGCAGUCCCGAAAGCCGAGGCCCAUCAGGAUGUGAAAAACGGAGUACAAAAGUUCAGAGUUAAGCUACUGGCAGAAAGUGGUGGCCAGAGCACCCAAGAUGUUCUUUGCCAGAUUGGAUUGGAUGGAAUUCGGAUGCUAGACCCAAGCACCAGUCGGACAUUGAGAAUAUACCCUCUUGAUACAAUUACAAGAUGUGAAGUAUUUGAUUCAUCUACCUUCGCCUUUUGGUCAAAAAGCACCGUAGACAUAGAACCAAGGCGUAUCAGGCUGAAGUCAAGUAGUUAUACCACCAACACCCUCUUAGACACUGUUACAGCUGCUACUAUACAGUUUAAGGAGAUGGGUGGAAGAAGUAGGCCAGCUGAAUCUCAUAAGAUGGCUGAACAGCCAGCUGAAAAGAAAAAAGCUUUUGCCGAUUGGCUUACUGCAAUGAAGCCUGUCAAUGAGGAGAAAGAUCAUUGGGUUCCUGAUGAAGCAGUAACCAAGUGCACAGGUUGUGGGGCAGACUUUAGUGCUUUCAAUCGAAAGCAUCACUGCCGUAAUUGUGGAGAUAUUUUCUGUGACAAGUGCACUCAAGGAAGAGUUGCAUUGACAGCUGAUGAAAAUGCACCAGUUGUCCGAGUUUGCGAGCGAUGCAAGAAUGAGGUGUCUCGCAGGUUAAGCAAUGCUAAGGAAGCUGCAAGUAGACCUGUGCUGCAGAGUCAUGAAGACCUAGCUAAGAAGCUUCAGGAGGAGAUGGAGAGAAACAGCAAGGCAUCAUCUGGCUCCAGGUCAGAUGGUUUUGGAAGGCGGAUGAAAGAGGUGGCCUGCCCUACUUGUACAGUUCAUUUGCAGGUUCAAGUCCCAAGCUCCGGUUCAGAGACAAUAGAAUGCGGGGUUUGCCAACAUCCAUUCAUCGUCAGUGCUCACUGAUUUCAUACUCUUCAGCGUCGUUGUUCAAACUAGCUUGUGUGAUUGUGUUCUCUGUAUCGGUGUUGAUUUCUGUUCCUAUCCUAGUUCUGUUGUAUUUGCUGUUUCACAGUUCCCAUGAGUUGGUUUAUCAUACUCAACAUUCAUACUUUGAUCUUCUGGUUUUCAAUCUUCCAUUUACUUUUAUGGGUUUUCUUUCUAAUUGUUACAAAUUUCUGGUUGGUGAUUGGCUGAUUGGUAUAAAUGUAAAAUAUAUGUAUGCAUUGA